GUCAUUAAUGAAACAUAGAUCAUAAUUACUGUCAAUUAGUCAACAAGACAAAAAAAAUCCGUUUCCAACUGUCAGUUGAAAAUUAAAUGAUCAAAAAUUGAUUUAAAGAGAAAAUCUAAUUUAAAGAUUUUCAAACAAACAAUCAAAGUCAUAAGCAGCUUCCACCUCGUUCGGAUAUCGCCUUUAGCCCCACCGAUGUUGCUCAAAGUAUUUAGAGUCAAUUUUCAGGAGAACUAAAUUAAACAACCAAAUUAAACACAAAUUAAACUCAACAAUCAGUUAAUGGAAAAUUUUGAUCGGAAGUAACGAACGAAAAAAAUUCUUCAGAACUAGUUUGUAUUCGAAAUGAUAGAUGGCAGCAAAUUCGCGAAAAGGCGCCAAAAGUUUUGGAUCUAAUUCCAUUUAGAUUCGAAUAAAUAUCCGAUAGAUUCAAAUGCAUAAUCGGAACUCGAACCGAACUGCGGGUUAAUUUUCGCUUUUCUGUUUUCGGAUUCGGUAGAAUUUUAUUUUUCUUAUCUUUUCAAAAGAUUCUUUUGUUUUCUCUUUAAUCUUAAUUGUUUUUCCUUUCUCAUCGAAUUGUUUCAAUUUUUUUCUUUUUCUCUGUUCAAUAAUUAUGGUGAAUCUUCAAUAACUUUGAAUUGCCUUUUGUCAGAAAUGUUAAAUUUUCAUCGGUUUUCAUUUCAAUGUCAAGGUUACAUGUUAAACCGUUUCCAAUGUUUAUGUUGUUAUAAUCAUAACUUCAUUGAUUGUGAAUAAUUACAUGAUUUAAAUAUUUCCUCAUUUUCACGUUUGUUUUGUAGUUAUGGAAAUCAAGUGUUCGUCAUUUGAUCAGAUGUCUUGAUGGGUUAAAUUACUAUUCAAUUUAUUGGUUUCUCUUUUCUGGUGUUUUGGGUUACAAUCGGUUACAAAGAAACGUUUCAUUUUGUCAACUCAUGGUGAUUAAGACAUAAUCAAAUUGUGUUACAACUACUUCUCCAUCCUUCAUGUUCAUGAAUUAUGCUGAUUGGUGACAAUUUAUUUGGCUCUCACUUUGACUCUUCACAACAAUCUCAUUUGUAAACUCUCAAUGAAAUUCUGAUGUUUAUUUAGUUGUCAUAUUAGUAAUUACUUUGGAGUUUCUUUUACUUCCUUUCAUUAUAAUAAUGGUCUUAUCUGUUUAAUUUUGAACUGGUGGUCUCAAUUGAUGAUUUAUCGAAUCAUGUUUAUUAACUCAACCGAUGCAAUUUUAUUUCUCUCGUUCGGUUUCUCAAUUUAAUCUGUUCUGCUGAUUUAACUCCAUGGAUCAAAGGUUAUCAUCAAUAUUACAAAUCUCAUUAUCUAAAUCACCAUAAAAUUCAACAACAAUACCAACAACUUCACCGUCCACACUAAAAAUACAACUUGUAUCCUGGUUGUAAAAGUUUAAUUUCUCUCUUCCAAUCUCCUGUUUUUUUUUAUCAACCAGCCAAGUUAUACCAAAGAUUCUCUAACAAUUUACCUCAUCUAUUUAUAACUUAUACGUCCACUCAUUGUAACAAUUACAGUUAUAUUCCCACCAAGUAAUCUCAUCAUUGUUUUCUAAACAAUUUUAUCUUGUAUCUCUCUCAUUAUGGCCAAUUAUGGCUACCUAUCGUCUUCACCAGCUCAUUACGUUGAUCACAAUCAGAUGAAACGUCCUGUCCAUGAUUCAAAUUGCUGUGGUUUGUCAACAUCCUUCAUUGCCUUCAUCCUGAGUGUCUUCAAUUUUAUCCUGUUUUUCAGUGGUUUAAUUAUUCUUGCCAUAGUGAUCUUUUAUGAACACCCUCCUUUUGAAGGUGAACAAGAUCUUCAUCUACCUAUUAUAAGGUCUCUUCUCUCUAAAAGUCAUCCAUUGAAUCUCAUUCAUUACAAGUUAAUUGUUUGCGGUUUUCUUGUUUGUCUCAUUGCUUCUGUAAACAUAUUCCUCAAUUGUUAUUUUUCAAUCAAAAGAAAACGUGAAAGAGACUCAGAAAUUGAUGGAAUCACAAACGAUUUAGAUGAAAUUGCAUUAACAUCUCAAAAUGAUAUAACAAGAACUUCGGUGACAUCAAGGAAAAGUGAUACGUUCCCGUCAUAUGCUCUGUGCUCUUUCAUCUUUGCUCUUCUAUUGCUCUUCACCAUCCAACUUUGCAUCUCUUUAUUUGCGUUUUUCUCAGUUUAUGGAACUGGCAAUGGAUUUGAAGGUUACACCCAAGAGUUUAAUCGAUCAAUAACCGAGAAUCUUGGUCAACCAAUUGAAGUUGUUCGCAAUCAUCCUGAAUCUUUUCAGCUUCUCGAGAAGAAAUUCAAGUGUUGCGGUUUAAAAAAUUACCAAGAUUACGAUAAAGAUUUACCUGUACCAGAUUCUUGUUGUAAAACAACAAUUCCCGAUGAUGCUUGUGGUAAAAGACGUCACCCGUCAAACAUUUAUUUCCAAGGGUGUUUACAGAAAAUCGCCAAAGUCGCUUCAGAUCACACGCUCUUAUUGGGAUCAGUUUCAUUUGGAUUCACGUUAAUCCAAUUCAUUGGACUUGUUUUCUCUUGUUGUCUUUACGUUCAAUUAGUUGCCAGUAAAAUGAGCUGAUCGUUAUCUUCAUUAUAUUUAAUCAUUUCAAAUAUUAAUGAGUAAUUAAAAUGAUGCUCAUCAUGUAACUAAUAUAAACAUCUUCAAAAGCCUGGAAACAAUUUUCGUCGUCUUGCCAAUGGAUCUUCAUUUUUUCUUCUUUUAUCCUUGUGUUCACUAUCAUUUCACAUUGUUCUCUCUCUCUCUCUCUCUCUCUCUCUCUCUCUCUCUCAUCAAUGUUCAUCAUCAUCAUCAUCAUCAUGAUAAUGUUUACAUUGAGCUGCCAAUACAGACAAAAAAACUUUGCCUACAACAAUCGAUGAGCAAUUUAUGAUAUAAUCAUGCAUUUACCAUAUGAAUGACAGCAAGAACUUAAAUUUGCUUUAAUUGUAUAAACUGUAAUAUUUAACGUAAAUCAUUGUAUCUAUUAUUGCCAGUGUAACAUUUUGCUUUGAACUAAUUAUAAUGUAACAAACAAUUUAAUCUAAUUGUUAAAAACAAACCUGCGACUGAUGUACAACAAUGGCAACAGCAAAUUUAUGACAACGAUCAAACAUAUUUAUCGAUUUUGAAUUGCAAACCAUUGUGAUCAAAUCAUCUAUUAAUUAUUACCCAAUUUAAUUUCCUAAUUGUUAAUCCUCUAAUAGAAAUUGAUUUUUUCUUCAUAUUUAUUGUAAUUAGAAAUCAUUGCAAUUGGUUAAACAAUUAGGAAUAAUAAAAUUAGCAUGUAAACAAAAACUUUUCAUGUUACUCAACAAUUUA